CUUCCACGCGGAAGGAGACGUGAACGCCGCAAUGGCAGACUAUCAACAGGCCUUUGAGCUGGAUCCGACAGACCCGUCCAUCCAUGUAAGGUUAGCAGCAGUGCACGCUCAGGUAGGCCGCAGCUGUCACGAGCAGCAUCAGUACCAGACAGCCGUGCAUCACCUAAGCGAAGCCGUGCACUACAACCCGCGCGACGCCGACGUCUACGCGACACGGGCCACGUGUAGACUCAAGUUACAGGAGCUUGUAGGGGCGCGUGAGGACGUCGUCGCCGCGGCAUUGCUAGGGCCGUCGACCGACCUGCCCGCAGCCCUCUGUGAGCAGCUAUUCCCGGGCAAGGACCUGCGACAAGUACUGCAGAGCCCCAUAGCGGAGGAAAUGCAAUGUAGACUCUUGCCACAGGCAGUGACGUCGGCAAGCGGCGUAGAGUCCGGCCACCAGCAGGUGUCUAUAGAAUACGCCAACGAUGACAAAAUAAAUAGACGAGGCUGCUUUCCUGAUCCAGCCGCAUGGAGAGAGGAAAGACAGUUUCAGGCCAGUUUUGCUAGAGAAAAGAAGAAGGUUCAAGAAGAUGUAAGAAGUGUUUAUCACCAACGCAACAGCCUCGAGAACACUGCGCCCAGGAUGUCAACACGUGUAGCUGAAGACGCGUGUGCGUCCCCAUCUGGUGUCGGCUGGAGAAAGUUCACAGUAGGGAAAUAAAUGCUGACUAAUGAACUCGCAAUGGCGAAAUCGGAAUAACGAAGGUUCAUCCGUUCAUCUCGGUGUUCUCAAAACCCGGAAAAACGAAUCCGGGUUUCAAUUGAUACGGAUAUAUUAUAAUUGUAAACCUGCGUUUGCUAAGUACGAUCACAUGUAACGUAAAUAGGGUACGAUUCGAACAACCAAAAUGGGUCAGGAUGGUCCGACAAGCGAAGUCUAAGCGUGCGCCUUUCCAUUUCUCUGUAGUGUUCAAGACAUAUUAAACACG